AUGGAAUUGGACAACGUGUUAAGGCGUCAACACCUUCUUCUCCUGCUGCUGCUACUGCCACUUGUCUGCUUGUGUCCAAUCACAUGUGCGCUUAAUCGACAGCCGGAUGCUGGCCAGGAUUUCGAUUUGGCAGCACAGCUGGCGGAUGCGGAGGCCCUGGCCAAGCCGGACUAUGAAUCCGAUUCCCCCGAUACACCGCACAUACGGAAGAAGCGUCUUAUCUGGAUCACUGAUGAUGGGAGAUUAGCCCUGCCGCCAGGCACAUCGCUGACAUUUACGCCAACGAUUGCCAUGCCCCUGGUGCGGCAUCCGCCCGAGGGUUUCUUCUCCAACCUGACCAUCAGUUUCCCAGUCACCAUUGACUUUGACAAGCUGGGACUGACGGACAACCAGAAUCCUUUGGGGGAUCUGCCGCCGCUCUUCGCCCGCUCCUUUGGCCAUGAGGCCGGACACAUGGUGGGCGAGUAUGUGGCCAGGUAUUUGCAUGUGCAGCGCAGGAAGCGAGAUCUCAGCGAGCAGCAGAGCAGAAGCAAUGAGGAUCAUCCCUUCAAGGUGCAUGAGGAGGGACCCAAGUUCCCGGAACUGCCGGCAGGACUGCAGCACAUAUUCCACGGCGGAGAACGUGUGCUGUUGUACGGUGUAGUGGAGGACUUUCUGUCCACCUUUGGGAUGGAUGGCAAGGCCUGCCUGCUGAGGACUAUCUGUGAGAUGCACUCCCGAAGCCUGGAGAAGUUCGGGGUCUUUGGCGAGAUGACCAAGUUGUUUUUAACGGUCACCAAAUCACCCUUCUCGGAGCUGGUGCCUGACUAUGUCCAGGCUCAGGAGGUGGGCGAAGGUAAGCAGGCUCCCGGCGAGUGCUUUCCCUACUUCAAGGCCUGUCCCAAGAGCAUCUUCAAGGCUCUGGCCAGCAAGUACAGUAAGCCAGCGCCAGCGGGAAAGACGAAAAGGACAACUACAACCACGAAUAGACCCAAGGGAGAGUAUCACGAGGAGCAGGUGAUCCAACUGCCAGUGACUCGGGAUCGGGAUAACGAUGUGUUCAUGUAA